AUGGUCCUUCACUCCCCCGCUGUCCGUGAGAUCCACGAGGAUGACCCCAAGGCCAUUCACGAAAUGCAACAGCAAAUGGACAUCCGCAGAGAUUGCGAGCGUCUCCGCGCCGUCGCCACAGGAAAAAUCAGCUGGCAAGAGUAUGAAAGCGGCCAAAUGGUCCAAGAGAAGGCCAUCGAGGGAAUGUUUGGGCAUCUUCUUUGGAGUGCAGAUAUCCUCUGUGCAGCGCCAGCAAUGUCCAUGUAG